AUGGCGUCCCCGGCGGUUUCCGUCGUCUGCGUGGGCAUGGCAGGCUCUGGAAAGACGACCUUUAUGCAAAGAAUCAACUCAUACUUGCAUUCCAAGAAGACCGUGCCCUAUGUGAUGAACCUUGACCCCGCAGUGCAUUCGGUCCCCUUCGACAGCAACAUUGAUAUCCGCGAUUCGAUCAACUACAAGGAAGUGAUGAAGCAAUAUAACCUGGGACCGAACGGCGGUAUCCUGACAUCCCUCAAUCUGUUCGCCACCAAGGUCGACCAAAUCAUUUCCCUCCUGGAAAAGCGUACGGCGCCGAACCCCGAGCAACCUAAUGCGAAACCUAUCGAGCACAUCUUGGUCGAUACACCAGGUCAGAUCGAAGUCUUCGUCUGGAGUGCAUCUGGCAGUAUCCUACUGGAGACCCUCGCGUCGUCUUUUCCCACCGUUAUUGCUUAUAUCAUCGAUACCCCGCGGGCCAGUUCCACUAGCACUUUCAUGAGCAACAUGCUGUACGCGUGCAGUAUUCUCUACAAGACAAAACUCCCAAUGAUCCUGGUUUUCAAUAAGACUGAUGUCAAGGAUGCCGAGUUUGCCAAGGAAUGGAUGACCGAUUUCGAUAAGUUCCAGCAGGCCCUCCAAGAAGAGCAGGAAUCUGGUGCCUUCGGAGGUGAGGGUGGUGCUGGCGGAUUCGGGGCUGGCAGUGGAUAUAUGGGAUCCCUGCUGAACAGCAUGAGCUUAAUGUUGGAAGAAUUCUAUCGUCACCUGAGUGUCGUCGGCGUGAGCUCUAUGACCGGCGAUGGCGUUGAAGAGUUUUUUGAGGCCGUUGAAACAAAGCGUCAGGAGUUCGAGCGGGACUACAAACCUGAAUUGGAGCGCAAGAAGCAGGAACGGGAAGAGAACAAAUCUGCCCAGCGGGAACUAGAGCUCGGCAAGCUGAUGAAGGAUAUGAGUGUCUCUGGCUCUGGUCGGAGAGAGCGCAAGGGCCCUGAGCCGGGUCCUGAGACUGUCAGCGAGGCAGAGGAUGAAGAGGAGGAUGAAAUCAUCAAGCGAGGAUUGGCUGACGGUGAAGAUGACUCUGAUGACGACUAUGAGGGCCCCGAUGCAGGUGAUGAUGAAGGUCUCUCCCAGAGAUAUAAAGAGGCACUGUCGGGCUCGCAAAAUCCGCCCUCUGAUGCUGACAACAGUUUCGCAAGGUACCUGCGAGCAAGCCAAAUGAACUAG